CACGCAUGCUGUGUCAUGGUCGCCAUGUUGGAUUGAUUGAAGAAAAAGAAGUGAAAAAAGCCGGUAAAAUUUUCCAUUUUCCUUUGCUUUACGAUCCCGUCUUAGACGCUGUAGUGAUCUUAAUUGCCAAAUGCAAAGAUAUUCAACAUGACAAARGAUGUAGAAAUGAAAGAAUCGUCUACGGCGAAGAAUAAAGACGAGUCGAAAGAAGAACCAAAAGAAGAAGUGUCAAAAGAUGAACAAGAAAAACUAAUUCUCGAAGACAUAAAGGAGCAUGUAAAAUGUAUUGAAAAGGCWGUUGCAACUAAAGAACCAAGGUUUACUUUACGAACACUGAGAGGCAUCCCAGGAACUAGAAGAAAACUAAGCCAUCCUUUACUUAGAAAGCUUAUUUGUGGGUAUAUGCCUUUAGCUUCACCCAAUAAAGAUGCUCUACUGGCAUAUCUGGAUGAGCCAAUGGAUACAGAGGAUAGUGGUGCACCGCUGACAAACUGGUGUCCAAAUCAACAUUUCCCUCCUUAGCUUCAACUAAUGCCUGGGCAAGAUAUCUYUACUACACAGGUAUUAUCAAGGCUAUUCAGUUAGACUACUCUGAGGCCCAUAAGAACCUUCUCCAGGCCAUCCGUAAGGCACCACAAAACAGUGCUUAUGGAUUCAAGCAGACAGCCCAUAAAUUUGCAAUUGUUGUUGAACUGUUGCUUGGGGAGAUUCCAGACAGGUCAAUCUUUAGGCAGCCCUUCCUAAGAAAGACCCUCGUGCCAUACUUCCAAUUAACAAACGCUGUUCUAACUGGUGAUCUGAAGCAUUUCAACCAAGUUGUAGAGAAGUUCAAGGACAAGUUCUUAGCUGAGAAAACCUACACUCUAAUCAUCAGGUUACGUCAUAAUGUGAUCAAAGCAGGUGUCAGAAUGAUCAAUCUGUCCUAUUCUCGUAUAUCUCUUGUGGAUAUUGCACACAAGCUACAGUUAGACAGCCCUGAGGAUGCAGAAUUCAUCGUUGCCAAGGCUAUUAGAGAUGGAGUUAUAGAAGCAACCAUCAACCAUGAAAAUGGGACAUUGCAAUCUAAGGAACUUAUUGACAUUUAUUCUUCAAAUGAGCCUCAAAGUGCUUUCCACCARAGAAUCAGCUUCUGUUUGGAAAUUUAUAACCAGUCUGUUAAGGCCAUGAGAUUUCCUCCCAAGUCUUACAACAAAAAUUUGGAGUCUUUUGAGGAACAAAGAGAAAGAGAAAAGCAAGAUAUGGAGCUUGCUAAGGAAAUGGCUGAAGAUGAUGAUGAUUUCCCCUGAUAUAUCGUGUGUUACAUGGGCUGUUACAUGUACCUUAACCAGUGUCCAGUGAAAUCUUAUUAUGAAAUAAGGCUUAUUAGAAUGUGAAUAAAUAGGACUAUGACUGCAUCUUUGGUACAUUAAAAAAUGGCAUUUCAAAACUAAA